AUGAAUCCCAUUUACCUGGACCCCCACCUUCAAGACCCAGGCUCUCGGCGGAAGCCACGAAAUGAUGCAGCAACAGGCGCAUCGGCGGCUGGAGUCCGCGCUCUGAGCGCUCAGAUGGUGGCCUUUUACUUUCGAGCUCCGAUCAAGGCAUUUUUCCGCACCCGUGUUGAUUAUAUGGCUUUCGCCCGAGCUGUAAAUCCCCGUGUCGCCGAGGGCAAAUGGUCUCUACACACCACCACUCCAGGUUUAUUGCUUCAUGCAGUUCGAACAUAUGGUUGGCAGUUUAUUCCAAACCAAGUUUUACCACCACUGUUGGCAAAUGCAGCUGUCGGCGCUGUUUUGUAUACAUCCUAUUUGCAAGUUUUAGGGUCCCUCCACGAACCUGUCUCCCAAGGCGCUAAACGAGUAUGGCCGCCUGCACCGCCCUCGGCUACUUUUACCGCAGGGUUCACAGCCGGCACUAUCCAAUCGAUCAUGGCGGCUCCUUUGGACGCCCUUCAAGUCCGUCUGCAAACUAACGAUAUGCUUGAAGGGCAGUAUCGCAGCAUGUGGCAUUAUGGACACCAUAAGUUAAAACAAAUCGGUCUACGGGGCGUCUUUGCAGGCUGGAGUCUCUCCUUUCUCCGAGACGCCUUUGGCUAUGCCGUGUUUUUCUCGUCCUUCGAGUACAUCAAGUCUCAGUCUUACUACUCAUUUAUUACUUGGUACUAUGGAGCUCUCCAAGCCGACCAUCUGGAUAUGCUGCCAACCUCCGGUUCCAGUGAUCGGGGGGUCGCAUCAGUGGCUCAGCAGGCUAUCCAGCACCCCAUCAGCCGGAUCCAGGAUCUUCAUCUAAGCCGCUUAGAGUACUUGGAUCAUCAAGCCAGUCUGAAUCCAUCGCGGCAACAGAUGCUUCGGCUGUACUAUCAUGCCUACCAAGAGACCUGGAAGCGAUGUCAGCGUAAGGCUGAACGAGCUGGCGGAUUGCGGCGAUGGCUAUUCCGUGGCUUUGUGAGCAGUUCCCUUCGACAGGUUCCAAGCACUAGUGCAGGACUCAUCAUCUUUGAGUUGGUGCGUCGACGAUAUGCCAGUCUCGCGGACAGUGUGCAUAUCCAGAAGGAUGGAUAUGAUAUUCUACUGAACUAG